ACUUUCUGAAAUCUAUAUCAUUUAUAUUUCAUGGUUUAGCGUGUUUAUUGCUACAUAGGUGUGACAUGGGCACGUGUAUUUUGCGUUAUUUAUAAUAUAUUUUUGAACAAAUUUAUUUAUUGAUAUAUUAAAAAUGACCAGCAUAGAUGUUCUUAAUGAUGUUAUAUCUAUACUUGAUAAUAUUCAAUCAUUAAAACAAAUAAAAAGUGAGAAAAAUGGAAUCGACGUAACAGCCCUUAUAAAACGUAUCUACGACUUUACCAAAGAGCAAUCUCAUAAAAAUGAGAGGUUUUACAGAAAUAUGAAUGCAUUACCAGAAUUAGUCAUAGAAGGAUUUGAUGAAGAACAAAUUUGGCAGCAAUUGGAACUGCAGAAUGAGGGCGAGAUAGCGCACUUUUUAAAUAAGAUAUCAACAGUUUUAUCAGAAAAUAAAAAAUUGGUGAUUCCAGUGAGUUCAAAGAAACCUGAAUCUAUACAGAUUGUAAAUGAUCAUUCAGAUCAAGAGGAUGAAGGCAUGUCUGAAGAGAAGGAAUUUGAAGAUGUAGAAGUUAAAAGUAACAUGAUAAAGAGAAAACAUAAGAAGUCUUCUAUUGUAGAUGACAAAUUUUUCAAGUUGCAAGAAUUGGAUGAAUACCUAACAAAAGAAGAAAGAAAAGAGAAACAAGGAAAGGACAGUAUUGAGUCUGAUGAUGAAUCGGUAGAUUUAUUUAAUGAUGUUUCUGAAGAGGAAGAUGAAGAUAGUACUGAAAAGAAAUAUAUAAAGUAUGCAGAUUUUUUUGAUAGCCCUGAAAGUGAACAUGAGAAAUCUGAUGUAAGCAAAAAUUCAGAUAGCGACGAUGCUAUUAGGAAUUCUGGAGAGGAAGAAUUAGAAAGCGAAGGUGAAGAAAUGGAUAUUGAUUCAGAGGACAAAGAGGAUGAGGAGGAUUACAAAAUUAAGAGAGUGAGAUUCAAUCUUACUAAUGAUUCAGAUGAGACAGAUAGCUUGGAAAAUAAAGUGAAUUAUAAUAAGAAAGUUGAGGAAGUAAAAGUGCAGCAAGAUACAGAGCCAGCAUCUACUUUAAAAGCUGGUAAAAAGAGUUCACUGGAGAGGAUUAAGGAAAUGGAAGAGGAAACGAUCAACGAAAAGCCAUGGUUAUUAAAAGGUGAAGUGGAUGCUCCAAGUCGACCGCAAUAUUGUUUGUUGGAGGAGGUUUUUGAUAUCCCUACAAAUGUAAAGCCAGCUCCUGUAAUCACUGAGGAGACUACUAUGAAGUUAGAAGAUAUUAUCAAACAGCGGAUCAAGGAUAAAACUUGGGACGAUGUUGAGAAAAAGUUUAAACCAGUAGAAACCCCAUUGGAAUAUAAGAAGAAAUUGAUAUUAAAUCAAGAAAAAAGUAAGGAAAGCUUGUCACAAAUUUAUGAAAAGGAGUAUCUGAGGCAAAAGCAAACAUUAGAUCCAGAGAUUAAUCAAAAGAAAGAAGAAUCACCACAAUUACAUAAUGAAAUUCGACAAAUGAUGCGUUCUUUAAUGCGUAAAUUGGAUGCGUUAUCCAAUUAUCAUUACACUCCUAAGAUGGCUAAACCAGAGAUUAAAAUUAUUAGCAAUAUGCCUGCAAUUAAUAUGGAAGAAGUGGCGCCUGUUACGACUAGUGAUGCUACUCUGUUAGCACCUGAAGAAAUUACAGUCAAACCACGCGGUGAUCUUAUCGGUAAAUCGGAACGAACGAAAACUGAUAAGAAGCGCGAGAGAAGAAAAAAGAAAUCUAAGCAACAAGCUAAACAGCAAGCAAUGGAAAAGAAGGAAAAAUUAAAAGCAUUGCAACCAGGAAUCGCGAAGAAGUAUAAGAAUAAGAAGGAAAAGGAUGCAUUGCUUAAGAAAAUAACUAAAGAUAGAAACAUUACGAAACUUACUGAAACUACGCAUAAAGUCACAAAGUCCUCGACUGCGUUUUUCACACAAUUACAAGAUCAAGUCAAAAGUAAAGUUAAAAAAGGUAGUUUAUCCAAAAAGAAGACUGCCGCUACUUCGGCUGUAAAAUUGAAAUUGUAAAUUUUAUAUUAUAUAUUUAAACUUAUCUAAAUA